AAUUUUCCCUGAAACCGCACACCCAUUCCAGAUAAACUCGUGCCCCAUCAGGACAUCCUCGACGACGACCUUCAUCGUACCUUCAACCAGUGGCCUCCUCGACGUUAACGAUAUGUUAGAGAAAGCGAAGUCACAGUCAACCACAAUAGAUCAUCAGACAUCAAGCCCUGUUCAUGGCACUCGACCCUCCAUUGGCCCAUGGACGUCAGGCGAUUCGUCAAGCAGCACCGAUCACAACCGCCAUAACUUCACACGGGAUCAAUACUCAACACUAUCCGUUUCCGCAUCCUUUUCCCAGGCCUUAGCCAUACCCCCACCGCAAAAUGACCACUCUACUACCAUCAAUAUGCUUCCAUUUGUUCCGAAUUAUGGCUUCAAUAACAAUAUACCAACCCUUCACAGAAUCCAGUACCACAAUCCGACAUUAGGUGCCAGCAUCGUGCAUUCUUUUUCUCCUGCGAUUGGAAGCAGCUACCCGUCCCCAUUACCACCCCAAAAGGUGUAUCCAAAUGGCCGUUCUUCGCGGCCCAUCAUUUCUUCGCAGUAUACCGUGAUUAAUGAUACGCCUUUCGUCUUUGACCCUCAUACUUCCACCUCCGAUUUUUCGCUAUACAACAACAACUCACGACAUCAUCAAUGGCAGACCCAUGCCGUUAGUCAGCCAGGAAUCUCAAGCCUGCCGUUCACGCCGGCGAUACCUCCGCCACAGGCUGCGGAAUCUUCACAACAACUUGCAUUUGUGAUGCCACCCUAUGCGAUCCAUGGUGAACAACCAAGCUACCGUUCGAACCAGCCGCCAAUAAAUCAGCCCCCUCCACCCUCACUUCAUAGCCAUCCCUCAACUCCCGUUUUGUCAUGUCGAUGGCUAAAUGACGCCGCUAUACACUGCGGAUUUACAGGGUCACUGAAAGAAUUAAGAUUGCAUUGCAAAAUCGUCCAUUUUUCUGGACCAAAUAUUGCGCAGAUUGAAUGCCACUGGGAGGGUUGCGACUACCACAAGCGUGAUGACCCCACUGUUCACGUCAUGCGGCGUGACAGCAUCUGGCGUCAUACGUGCGAGGUACAUUUGAGGUUGAAGAGGGGUAGUAACUAGGCUUCCGCGCCUCUUCGCAUUGAUAUUUUGGCAAUCUCUUUUGUUGUACCACUGCUAGCUACCCUAUGCUUUCUUCUGCUGUGUAAGCUAGGUCUGCUGUCGCCGCCUGCUCCUGCUCUUAUCGACCGUUCGCCAUAGGUUUACUUAGUCUCACAUUGCAUAGUGUCUAUCAAUAUUUUUAGGGUAUCCCUUAUAAUCAAGAGUUGAUCCGUUU